AUGGAACCAAAAGGUUUUGCUCCUAUUGCUUCAAUCAAUAAACCCUUCAAGUUUCAGGCUGCCUGGCUAACCCAUGACAACUUCCGUGUUUUUCUGGAGAGUAAAUGGGUUAAAUCGAGUCCCUUAGUACCGCUAUUGAAAAAAGUUGGAAAUGAUCUGCAAGAGUGGAAUAGAGAAGUAUUCCACAAUAUUUUUAAGAAAAAGAGAAAUUUGCUUGCUCGAAUCACAAGGGUCCAAAAAUCAUUAGCAGAGCAAAGAUCGAGAGACCUCAUUAAGCUUGAGUCAAAACUUUGUAAAGAACUUGAUGAGGUACUUGAGCAAGAAGAACUUCUUUGGUAUCAAAGAUCAAGAAUAGAAUGGAUUCGUGAUGGGGAUCGUAAUACAUCGUUCUUUCACCUUAGCACCAUUUCUAGACGUUGGAGGAACAACAUUACUACCAUUGAAGAUAUUAAUAGUGGUGAAUGGAUGUUCGAGAAGGAUAAAAUCCAACAACACAUAGUCUCAUAUUUCCAAAACCUGUUUACAGCAGAAGAACAACAAGCUCUCGGCCCUUUGCCAACUAGAAUUUUUCCGGACUUUACUCAGAGGGAUUGGAACUGCUUAUCGAAACCCUUUGCAAAGUGUGAGGUUGAAAGGGUUGUUUUUGAAAUGGGCUCGAUGAAAGCUCCGGUUCCGGACGGUUUUCAGGCUUUAUUUUUUCGGAAGCACUGGGAUUUAGUAGCUGAGAAUGUGUAUAAAAUUGCUCUUGAUGCAUUGAAUGGGAAAGGUUUUCCAGAAAAUCUAAAUGAGACAUUUAUUGUUCUUAUCCCUAAAGUUGAUACUCCAGAGUUUGCAACGCAAUUUUGA